AUGGUUGCGAUAAGGAGUGAAGAUAAUGCAGGUUUUAAUUAAUAAUAAUUUGCUCAAAUCCCAUAAUAAUAACAAGAUUAGCAGUAACUUAUAUAGUAAUAGCAAGACCCAUAGCAGUAACCCUUAAAUAAUGGCAACAAUUAAAACUAUCAAGCUAUCUGA